AUGACAGAGGUUUCUUGGAGCAAGUGGGACUUCAGCAGCUUGGAUACUGCUGGAUCAAGCAAGGUGGAUGGCAUCCAGGAUCCCAUCGGGUACAAGAUGACUAUGGACGACAGCGGCGGUGCUGCCGGAAAGAACAAGUCUAAGACUGCAAAUCAGGAGCUUCUAGAAAAGAAGGCAUGGGAGGUGGCGGUUGCACCUAUCCAGUCUGUCGGCAUGAAUCUCUUCAUGCUCUGGAUGAGUGGGUCAUCCCCAGGAAUCUUCACAGUUAUGAUUUUGGGGUAUUGCUUGACCUCCAUCGUUGGGCAGUUCACCAAAGCAAAUGCAGCCUUCCAGAACUUCAAAACAAUUGACACAACACUGCAGUGGCUCGCCUACCUUGCACUUUGCUCGGUGUCCUUGGCCUACCUCCUGUACCAUAUGGCUGGGAUGGGCCUGCUGCCGAACUCUUCCGGCGACUGGAUUGCAUUGAUUCCCAACGUGGAGGUCAUCGAGACAGCAGGUGGGGUCUUGAAAUGA